GCUGACAAUUCAUUUUCAAGAUAUCAUACCGUAGUUGCAGUUAUAUUAAACUAGUAUAUAUUUAUUCAAUGUACAAAAAUGGAUUUACUAACUAAUAAUGAAAUUAAUAUUAUAACAAUAAGAUGCGGUUAUUGUAAAGUGCUCGAUUGGUUUUUAGAGGAUUUUUCAAAUAAAAUCAUGGGAUAUUUAGGAGAUCAUCUGAAGUUAAGAAUACAAGUGGAGAAGGAAGGAAUAAAAUCGGAAUUAAGAUUGUUUGUAAAAUGUAUGCCGAGGGACCCGUGGAAAUCGAAUUACAUUAAAGAACUGACAUUUUUCAAAAAAGAGUAUGCCAUGUUAAGUCAACUCUUUUUAAAUUUUGAAAAUCAGCCAGGAUUAGGAAAAUGGCGUCCAAGUCUGAUUUAUAUUAGAGAAGAUUUAUUUGUUUUUGAAGAUGUCACAGAAACUGGUUACAUUAUGCCAAGUAAUGUAAAAACGUUGUCGUUCAAGCAACUAACUGCGACUGUAGAAGCACUGGCUAGAUUUCAUGCGCAAUCGUUUAUUUAUGAAGAAAUAAAAAGCAAAAAGCUUAAUCGGCCAUAUAGGAUUUGGGAAGAUUUUAGUGAUUAUCUUCAAGAACCAGACAAAGAUGGUGGUUGGAGAAUCAUAGGAAGAAAUUCAAUUAUAGAUUUUUUAAAAGUACAUUCUAAAUAUAAAAAUAAACCAAACUUGAUUCAAGAUCUAGAACGAAUUCUGCCAUUACUUUUCGACAAAGCUGUGAACCUUAUGAAGCCAAGUCCGAUAUACAGAAAUGUUGUAGUACAUCGGGACAUUUGGUCAAAUAACAUAUUUCUUAGAAAAAUAGAAACUACAAACUAUCAUGCUCUAAUCGUAGAUUUCCAAACAGUUCUGUAUGCAUCACCAAUGAUUGAUCUGUCCUCGCUUAUAUAUUUUAAUACUACUAAAGAUUUCCGAAAAAAUAACACCGCUGAUUUAAUUAAUGUUUACUAUGAAACGUUAGUUACAGAACUAAGAUCUGUGAAAUUAGAUAUCAAUAAUAUUUUUGAUAAGGCAUUCUUAACAAAGUCAUAUGAAGAAAGCAUACUAUUUGGUAUCACACAAGCUGCUAUUAUAGUACCUAUAAUAGCUAUUUCUAGUGAAAAAAGAGAAAAGAUUUUUUCAAAUCCUGAAAGUUCUCGUAAAUUUAGUGUCGUUUCUCGAAGUUACGAUUUUUUAAAAUCAGCAGAGGAAGACGAACACUAUCGUGAUCGCAUAAGCGAACUAUUUGACGAAAUAGUGGAAAGAUAUAUUUAUCCUGAAAUUUAUUGCUGAUUGAUUCGGUAUUCACUACGUGUGGACCCAGCAUAAAAUGGGUCAUGGCUUUCCCAUGGGUGUCAAAACAGGAGAAUUUAAUGGUCGAAGGACGGGCAGCAGCAUCUCUCUUAAAACAUCACCGAAGGCCUAACUGCGGUUAACCUCGCUUGGCUCUACCAAGCGAAGCAACUACUGGCAAAACCCCCCUUAUGGGGGAGGUCUAUGUCCAGCAGUGGAUAGUUAAUGGUUGAUAUUUAAUAGUAUAGGUAAUAAAGAAAAUUUGCAUAUACCUA